AAUUCACACAUAUCUAUAAAUCAUCUUUUUACCCAAAACACACUUCAGAAAACGAAUCACACUAAUGGAAGGGCUGAAAACAUUCCAAUCAAUAGCAUACAUUAUUCUUAUCCUCAUCUGUUUAGUAAAUGGACAGAUUUCUACACCAUGUACAUUCACAAUGAUAACUAGUUUCACUCCAUGCCUGAAUUUCAUAACGGGGAGCAGUAGUAAUGGUCAGUCACAGGCCCCAACCACAGGCUGUUGCAGCUCAUUAAGGACCCUAUUGAGCUCUGGUAUGGACUGUGCUUGUCUUCUAGUAACUGCUAGUGUCCCUUUUCAACUUCCCAUUAACCGAACUCUUGCCCUUUCACUCCCAAGUGCUUGCAACAUGAAUGGUGUCCCAAUACAAUGCAAAUCUUCUGGUACUCCUCUUCCAGCUUCAGGGCCUGCCAUCUUACUAAACCCCAGUCCUGCUCCGGAAGCUGAUUCUCCCACAUCAUUAGUUUCCAAGGUAACAUCGACCGAUCCUAAAUCAGAAGAUACGAGCCCAGCAGCUUCUCCAGUGACUGGAUCAGAAGGCCCAACAAAAUUAAAUCCAGGGAUCAGACCAGUGUUGGGCCCAUCAUCAUCUGCUCCAACUUUGACUCAUCUUAUUCCAUCUUCUCUUCCUCAUAACAUCAUAGCAACCAUGAUAUAUUUGAUCCUCUUCUAACUUAUAUUAUGAGUUUCUUUACAUGUAUCAUUGUGCUAAAAAAUGUUUGCUAGAUCUUAAUAAGUACUUACGUCUCUUAUUUUAAUAUUGGAAUAUU